UGGAAACCUUGGGCAGGAUGUUUUUCUGUUUGACAUUUGGGUUUUGCCGUGAAAGGAAAACAACGAUUACGUGAGCCACUAAUCCAGAGUCAGCUGUCCCCGUUUGGCGGUCCUUGAGCGCAAAAAUGGCAGCUUCAGCACAGGCAAGCCGCGGGCUCACCGCACUGUUCAAGCGCGGCUGGAACGAGAUUCCCGAGGUCGUCGGAUCAUCGGUAAUUGCCCUGAUCGGUAUCGGGCUGAGUGUGGUCGGCCUUACCAACUACUACCGCAAGGAUGCCGAUAACCGCCGCUACAAGCUCACGUACGUCGUGAUGCGCCCCGACGAUCCACGGGCAGCCAAAAUUCGCAAGGACUAGGUCCUCUGCGUCUUCGGACAAACAAGCGGUGGCGCGAGUAUUCGUAAUAAAUUCAGUUUUCUGAUGCGUAAAUCUUAAAUCAAA